AUGUUGGCCAAAAUCUCUACGUCGCUCGUUGCGACUCUGCUGCUCUCAUCGAAUACUCUCGCUGCGCCUACACAAACACAUUGCCGCUGCGAAAUCGUUGCUGAUAUGCCGUCAUCAUCCGUUCCCGCUUCUGCUGCCUACACACCCUCCGCCGCACAUUGGUCGCCAGCAGACCCUUCGCAAAGUCCUGUCGCAGCACUCAAUGUAUGCGCAAGCCUAGGAUCGGAAUUACAGAAACUGCAACACACAGAGCCGGAGCUGUACGACUCGUAUAUGGCGGGUGCUAUCAAGGAUGCGCCGCAGAAGCCGGUACCGACUGCGGUGCUGAUGAACAGUCACGAGGAGGCACAGUCAACGUCAAGCCCACAUAGGAGAAUUGUGUGUCAUGCGGAAUCGAUAUUGUCGACGCCAGAGUUCCACAGCUCGUUCAUUGGGCUGUGGGCGCUGCAGAUGAUUGUUGUGGUUGCGAUAUUGGCUUGUGUUGCUGAGGUAUCCGAAAAGAGCAGCCUGCGCUUGACCGGUGCAGAAAGGCGUCUCCUGGCCAUCCCCACUGGUCCCCAGGAAGCAGAUUCAGUGUUCAGCCCAGGCGCAGAGAAGAAGCUACGAGCGUACGAGACGACACGAUACUUUGUCACGCAGGCAUCAAGUGGACGGAGAGAGUUCAUUGCGUAUGACGAUGAUAGUGAUGAUGAGGCGAACAGGCCUGUGAUGUAG